UGAGGCAAUUCUCGCAUCGUAGAUGUUCUAUACGGGCAAAACUAGACAUAUCCAAACUCUCCUUCGCAUACAGUCUCUGCCGUAGCCGACUGCUCAGCUUAAACUCGAGCCAGCGCAGUUCUAGAUAAUCCAACUCCGGCGCCCAGCUCACGAGGUCGACCAGAUAGCCGAGUGUGAUGGGGAAGUAGCCGUAUCGGUGGUGAAAGACGUCUGCCCAGGUUAUCUUUAGAGUCUUGAGUGCUUUGAACGGGACGUAUGAAGACGCUGAGUUGCAAAGCGGAGACUCGUGGCGGGCGAGGGCGAGGUUGCCCUGUGUGAGCUCGAGGUAGGCGGCGUCGGAGACGGAGAAUUCGAGGUACUCUAGAUUGCGCAGCAUUGCCGGCACAUGGUCGUUAUCCUCCGCCCAGAUGUUGUACUCCGGCCCCGCGAGAUCGACGAGCGCGAGGAAUCUGUACAUGAGCGAGAUGGGCAUGGACAGUCGUGUGAGGUUGGGGAAGCGGGUGCGGAAGUUGAGUUGGUGGCUGAGAUGGAUAGUGCGGACGAAGGCGGCGGAGAGCGCGAGGUCGGUGAUGUUGUCGAGGCGGGCGAGCAUGCGGUCGAGGAGGUUGUUUUCAAGUAAUUCUUUUGGCGGGGGCGCGAACGGUUCGGUGGAGGUCGCGAACUCGUUGUUGUGGUGGUCAUAUGCCGCAGCGUAUUUAUAUGCGUCGAAUUGCAAGUCGCGGGACGAUUUCCGAAACAGCAUCGUCGUGAUCUCGUUGUUGGUCGCGUACUGGGUGAUGUCGACGCGGGGGCAAAAUCGUAGGCUCUCGAGCCUGCCGUCGGCGAGGACGACGAGUUCUGCGAGCGCGCGCGGGGAGAGGUCGGGGUGGUUUGUAAAGUCGAGGAGGGCGAGGAGGAGGGGUUGCGGGCAGUGGGCGCGGUAGGCAACAAGUCGGGCGUGCCAUUGUUUGGAGACGCGGUGGAGGAGGGUGAUGGAGGGGAAGGGGAGAUAGAAGAGGAUUAUUUCAAAGACCUCGACGGGGAGCUUUGCGGGGUCGACCGUCAUGAUGCAUGUGUUGAUGAGAGAUGAGAUGAGAUGAGAUGAG